CCAUUAACCACCAUCUCAUUUGCAGUGUCGCGGUUGCACCCUCAAGGCGCCCUUGCCUGGAUGUCCAGCUGAAAAGUCAAGACGACUUUGUCUUCAGUACUACUAUGGUAUCAUCCACUGUAAGUAACGCCUACUGGUGUGCGAAAGGGAAAGGGUUCCCUUAAAUCGUCAUAGCAGCUUGGCAGUGACGUAGGGAAAAAGCUUCAGUACCAGUAGAAAAGUUGUACGUAGCUACAAGAAUUCACAGCUCAAAGUUUCACUUUGAUCCAUCAAUUUUGAUCACUUUUCCAUUCUAGUGAUUCCGAAAAGAGCCCUCCUCCUAUUUCCUGAGCGAUGGAGUCCUCUCUGCGCAUCCUCGUCCUGCUCGGGCUUUGCGCUCUCGUGGCUGCUGGCGGCCUGAUCAUCAACGAGGUGGACUACGACAAUGUCGGCAACGAUGCCGCUGAGUUCGUCGAGCUGCGCAAUAUGGGCUGCACGACCCUGUCCCUCACGGGCUACAAGCUCGAGCUAGUGCGCAACACAAACGUAGUCUACCAGACGAUCACUCUUUCCGGCAGCGUCGCCUCUGGAGCUUACUUCGUGAUCUGCGCUACUAGCUCCACCAUUGCUGGGUGCAACCUGAAGGUUACCCCCGCCGCCGGCUGCGGGGUGUCCUCCGGCCCCUGCAUAAACCUGCUUUUCAACACUGCCGGAACUGGCGUCCGCUUGAAGAACUCCGGAGGGACGACCCUCGACCAGAUGUCGUACGGUGCCGUCACGUCCGGACUCACCGAGGGGUCGAGCGCCGCUCCCGCCGACAGCAACAGCGCGCAGGGCUCCGUCUCCCGCUGCCCCGACGGCGGGGACACCAACUCCAACGGCAACGACUUCGCCUUCCGCUCAACCGUUACUGCGGGAUCCCCCAACUCGUGCACCCAGGCCGCGGCUACCGUUACCGGCUGCUCCGGAGCAACCCCCGCCCCCACGUCAGCCGCGGCCGGGUUCGACUUUUUCUUCAUGGUGAACCAGUGGCCCGGGGGCUGGAACCAGGCGUUCUGCGCCGAGCCUAGUUGGCCACGUGGCCCCUUCUGGACGCUCCACGGGAUGUGGCCCAACUACAACACGGGCGGCUACCCGUCCAACUGCGGCAACGAGGCGUUCCAGCAGAGCCAGAUCUCGAGCAUCGUCACGGAUAUGGACCGGUACUGGCCGUCCUUCAAGUGCGCUUCCGACAACGUCACCCCCAACGGUGACGCCACCUUCUGGGGCUACGAGUGGGGCAAGCACGGCACGUGCUCUCAGACCGUGCUGCCCUCUCAGUUGUCCUACUUCUCUGGCAUCAUCAACCUCCGCAAGAACGUCAUCGGUGACAUGGCGACCAUUCUGUCUGCCGCGGGGAUCAACCCCGGGGGCACAUACACCAUCACCUCGAUCAGGAACGCCGUCUCCGCGGCCAUCGGGUACUUGCCGUACGUCAACUGCAACCCGGGCACCAACGUCAUGACCGAGAUCUGGGUCUGCGUGUCGAACACCGCCAGCCUCAACUUGAUCGUCUGCCCCGUCAUCCCCGCCGCGUCCUGCUCCAGCACUUCCGUCCAAUACAAGACCUUCGCUUAG